CAAAAUUAUGCCUAUGAAUGCAACGGGUGUGAACACCAGUUGCAUUUAACUACUCAUCACACAGCCUCCUUCAGUCUUCAAAUACCCUUCUCAAUCUGUUGCUUCUGAACUGACAUUUAGGAGCAUUUUUCUUUUAACUGGUACAAGUAGGACCAAAACCUUUAUUCUCUUGCUCCAUCUCAGGUGUGUCCUAGCUUCAGCGAGUGCACUCUUAACCAAAAUAAGAAUGAGUGCAUCUGAGGUAACAGCUGAAGCAACUGCAGUACAUGUUAAUUUAAGGGACAGCCAGAGUGUGCUUCAGGAAGAAGUGAUUGCAUCUUUGGAGUUAAACAAGGUUGAUUAUGCAAUGGAAAGAAAGAAAUCACUACGAGCUCGCUAUUAUUUUGGCAUUAUAUUCUUGAUAAUGAAUCUUGUUGCCUGGUUUUUCCGUGACUAUGGGCAUAGUGUUCUACCAUUUAUUCAUUAUAUCAAAGUUUGUGGAAGUGAAGGAGACGACUGUUUUCAUUCAUUGGGAGUUCUUCGUGUGAGUUUAGGAUGCUAUAUAUUUUUCUCAGUUAUGUUUCUCACCACAGUCAAAACAAGAAAAUUAUGUGAACAUCGAAAUUGGUGGCAUUCUGGAUGGUGGGAAGUGAAGUCUGUUUUGUUGAUUGUAUCAAUGGCACUCCCAUUCUUCUUCCCAUCAGAAAUUGUUCAAAUAUAUGGUGAGGUUGCUCGUAUCGGUGCCGGAAUUUUUCUUCUUUUACAACUUGUGAGUGUCAUCCAUUUUAUCACUUGGUGGACUAAGUACUGGACUCCAGAAGAAGAAAGGAAGCAGAGGUGCUCCCUUGGACUUUUAAUGUCAACGUUGUUCUAUGUUGCCUCUAUAUGCGGUAUUGUCUAUCUGUACGAAUCAUAUGCCUCAAGAAUUUCAUGCUCUCUCAAUCUAUUUUUCAUCACAUGGACAGUAAUUCUACUUGCUGCAAUGAUGGUUAUAUCCUUAAAUUCAAAGGAAUCAUGGCUUCUUACAUUGUUUUCCUUUGUUGGUGUGCAAUCAGAAGAGAUGGUAUACUUACAGAGAUCUCCAUCAUGGAAUUUCAGUGAACCUGCCACCAUAAGAUGUGAGACAAAGAAUCAUGAGAAAGGAAACAGUGGCUGGAUAAUUAUACUUGGCUUCCUUAUUGCCAUUUUUGCAAUUGUGAUGGCAGCAUUUUCCACAGGCAUUGAUUCAAAAUGCUUUCAGUUUUCAAAUAACAAAGUUGAGCAUGAAGAUGAUAUUCCUUACAGUUAUGGAUUUUUUCAUAUGGUAUUCUCCUUGGGGGCAAUGUACUUUGCAAUGUUAUUCAUCAGUUGGGAUCUAAACAACUCAGCCAGGAAGUGGAGCAUUGAUGUUGGCUGGAUAAGUACAUGGGUGAAAGUUAUCAACGAGUGGUUUGCAGCAACAAUUUAUAUUUGGAUGCUGAUUUCCCCAGUUGUGAGACAGAACAAAGUUAUGGAUAAUAAUGGAACUGUUCAGGAGACAGCUGACUCAGUUAUGGCUUGAUUGACAAUGGCAAAGUCAUCGACAUUCUCCCUUUCAGUUUUCUUUUUGUUAUUCCUUAUUUAAAUUGCUUUUUUAUACCUCUUUUUAUUUAAAUUAUUCAAUUUGGUUCUUUAUUUUUAAAAUACUUAAUUUGGUCUGUUAAUUUUUAAAAAUAA